CCAUUUGUUGAUCUUUUCCUACUUUCAAUUUCAAUAUAUUUUUUUUCUCUAACCAGACUACGUAACUUCUAAUAAUCAUCAGCUUCUUUGAGUUUGUGAUUUUAUUUCUUUAGCUGGUCUCUCAGCAAUUAUGGACCAGUUAACUUCCCAAUAUUCAUCAUAUUUAAUUGCUUCAAAUAUCAAAAUUAGAGACAACUUUUUAAAUACUUAAAUUACUAGAUUUGUGUUGCUCAUUGGAAAAAAGCUUUUUGGGUAAUAUACGCACUUUCUUCGAUUCAGAAAAAGAGGAGAAAUAUGCUCCCAUUUCUUUUCUUAUCUAAAUUUAUAUUCCCUAACUAAUGAUUAGUCCUCGCCUAGCCUCUAAGAACUUACUGACACUUUCUUUUUUAAAUUUAAAUAAAUUAAUUGGAGUACUGGACUCAUUGAACUUUUGGGAUAUGCACAACAGUGAACAAGCAGCAACGAAUAAAAUUGAAUGUGGGAAUUUUCUGUUGGUUUGUACAUGAUCACUCUGUGGCCGGAUUCAUUAAUCCUUGCUGCAAUUUAUGGGGCUAUUGAAUCUGCCUUUACGGCCUUAUUCGGCCCCUUUAUUGGAGAAUGGGUGGAGAGGUUGGCAUAUGAUAAGGUUCUCAGAAUUUGGUUGGUAAUUCAGAAUCUUUCCUUUAUGGUUGCUGGAUGCACAGUAAUUUUAUUAAUAGCCUUUUCGACAUUAAAGUCAACAAAUUUCAUAGCAUUCAUCUUACUUGUGAUGUUAAUCAACAUCUCUGGAGCUGUUGGUGUGCUUUCCACUCUUGCCGGUACCAUCCUAAUAGAAAGAGAAUGGGUUGUGGUGAUAUCAGAAGGCCAUCCACCAACUGUAUUGACAGAGAUGAAUUCAAUUAUCAGACGAAUUGAUUUAACAUGCAAGCUUCUUGCUCCAGUUGUUAGUGGCUUCAUAAUCAGUUUUCUAUCAGUUAAAGCCUCUGCUAUGACUUUAGCUAUCUGGAACUGCAUAGCCGUAUGGAUCGAGUACUGGCUUUUCACAUCUGUAUAUCAAGGGAUUCCAGCUUUAGGCGAAAGUAGCAGAAGGAAAAUUUCAAGACUCUUACCGAGAGAUCUUGAAGAAACUUCAUCUCCUUCAAGAGAAAGAUUGAGCUUACUUUCUCAAAAUGAGGAAAGUUCAGCGUCGGAGGGCAAAGCAUGGAGAAGGAAAUUAACUAAAUGGGUUUCUAAGGCUCCUUGUGUUGGUGCCUGGAGAGUGUAUUUACAGCAAGAUGUAGUGCUUCCUGGAGUAUCUCUCGCUUUGUUGUUCUUCACGGUCCUCAGCUUUGGUACCCUGAUGACAGCUACACUAGAAUGGGAAGGUAUACCUGCAUUCAUGAUUGGAAUAGCGCGAGGAAUAAGUGCUUUGAUUGGAGUAGCUGCAACAGUUGUGUAUCCAGUCUUACAGUCUCAUAUUUUAACUCUCAGAACAGGACUCUGGUCAAUCUGGUCUCAGUGGACGUGCCUUUUAGUAUGCGUUGCUUCAAUAUGGGUACAAAAUCAUCUCUUUUCAGCUUACAUGCUGAUGGCUGGAGUGGCAACAUCUAGGCUUGGCUUAUGGAUGUUCGACUUGUCUGUCAUCCAACAAAUGCAGGAUCAAGUCACUGAAUCCAAUCGUUGUGUCGUGGGAGGCGUUCAGAACUCUCUUCAGUCCACUAUGGACUUGUUAGGCUAUGCAAUGGGAAUAAUAAUCUCAAAUCCACAGGAUUUCUGGAAGUUGAGUAUAAUGUCCUUCUCAACGGUAACUUUGGCAGGACUACUCUACAGUAUACAUCUAUACCGAGUUAGGAAGCACCUUUUCCACUUUGAAAAGCUGUCCAUGUUGGUAAAAGUGAUGAAAAGAUCACCUGAAAGUGCAGAUUCUAUAUCAAACCCAUCAUGAUGUUGAAGUGGUAACUAAGAUGGGUUUGAAGUUGGCCUCAUAGUGGCUGAUGCUGAAUCUCCCCUGGAGAGGAAAAAUUCAAAAGAAUGUAGUUCGGUUUUAGUUUAAUUAAGAUUUUGAGUUCAAAUCUUCUAUAUUUAACUGUGUUAAAACUUUUAAGAUAAAAUUUGAUCGCACGUAAAAAUUAUGUUC